GGAACACAACACACGAACAAAAUACCCCUUCAGACACAUAGAGAGCCUCAGACAGACUCAAGAGAGCAAUCAUAGAAAUUGCAGUAGAAGGAGGAAGAGGAGGCUCAGAGCAAGAAACCCACACAUAGAAAACCAAGAAGAAGAAUCCAGAAUCAGCUUUAUCUAUCUAUCUAUCUAAUCCCCCCAUAUUCAUUUCUGUGCUAUCCCCCUUCUCUCUCUCUUUUUAUUACAGAGAAAGACAAAGAGAAGGAGAAAGAGAGAGAGAUCUCCUUUGUCAUCCUACAUUGCCCUCUUUGUAGUGGACAAGGGUUUUCGUUGGAUCAUAACUUGGGGGACUCUCCUUCAAUUCAAUUCUGCUCCUGUUGGACUAAAUUAGGGUUUGAUCAGACCCACAGAUUCGGGAGCCCUAGCCCGCAUGAGCUCGAUCUUUACCGGAAAUGGAGCUCUGGAUUUGGCAUACCAACUCUGAGAUUAUUGCCUAGGAGUUAUGGGAAGCAUUGGGUUUUCUGAGCAUGGAACAAGAUUGCAUAUUACAUGAGUGAUCAGAGACUUGCCGAAUCGGUGUUUCAGAGGACAAGGAUUUCCGGGUUUUUGCUACUUAAGACGAGCCUGAUCUUCGGCUGGGGAUGAAUUUGGUGUUGGGUUUUGCUUGCAAGGAGGAGCUGAUUGUGAUUGCAGUGGCACACCAGGCAACACAGAGGAUUAGAUUGGAGUGGACCAAUUUGGUUACUCAGUGUGUUUGUUCGGGUUAACUUAGUUGGAGCAAGAUUCUUGGCCUAAAAGAGCUGUUGGAGCUGUUAAUUUAUCAAGGUUUUGCUGCGUUUUAGUUCAGUGUAGCUUCGCAGUUUUGGUUGAGUUGAUUGUUUUGAUGAGCCUUAGUUAAUUUCGGUAGUGUCUGCUUUGCCCAACUUGAAAAAGGAUCAAGGCUUGGUUUUGGUUUCAGUGUGUAUUGGAUUGAAAGAGGAGUUUUGAUACUGGGUAUGAAUGUGGGGGCAUGGUGCAUGGACAGGAGCAUAGUUGCUGGUUCGUUCCCUUCCUGGAACAGUGCUACUCGAACAUAAUUCUGGAACUUUCUUCUCGGGAAGGCACUGGUUUCUUGUAUUGUGUGAGUCUGCAAUGUCGCGCUGCUUUCCAUUUCCACCACCAGGAUAUGAGAAAAAAGCUAGGACAGAUGAUGUGGACGUGCUAAAAAAGGAGAAGCAGAGAGAAAAGAAGCAUAAAAAGGACAAGAAGGACAAAGAGAAAAGUGAGAAAGACAGAGGUGAUGGAAAACAUCGGGAAAAGAAAGACAAGAAGGAAAAGAACAGAGACAAAAAGAAGGAUAAGGAGAAAGACACAGACAAAGUCAAAGAUAAACCUGGUACUUCAGAUGGAACUAGGCUUCCAGGAAAAAUUGAGAAUCAUGUUACAGAGAAAAUCAUUCAUAAAGAUGAUAGAGACAAGAGAGAUGCUAGCCAUGUUGGAGGUUACAAGGCAGAAAAGUUUGGUCAGAACAGUCACCUGCCUGCGGAGAACAGGAAUUCUGUAUCGGUGGAGGUGGCUAAGAAGACUAAGGAUGAGGCCAGAGGAAGCCAAGUUGGAGGUUACCAGGCUGAAAAGCGUGGUCAGAACAGUCACCUGCCUGCAGAGAGCAGGAAUCCUAUAUUGGUGGAGGUGGCUCGGAAGACCAAGGAUGAGGCCAGAGGAAGCCAAUUUGGAGGUUACCAGGCAGAAAAGCUUGGCCAGAACAGUCACCUGCCUACGGAGAACAGGAAUUCUGUAUCAGUGGAGGUGGCUAGGAAGACUAAGGAUGAGGCCAGAGGAAUUAAGAACCAGUUCGUUGAGAAGAUUACUAUUUCAGACCGCAAAAAAGAUGAGGAGAUGGUCAGAUUUAUGGCCAAGGGAACUGGCAUUUUGGCCGAAGUUAAGGAAACUAGCAAGGACAAGAGAGUUGAUAUCCGAAAGCCUGAUAUGCAAGAAGUCAGAGUUGCACCACAGGUUAGUGGAAGUGCAAUGGUGCAGAACCCUGGCGGACUGGUUCAGGUUCCUGGCGGAAUGGUUCAAGCCAAAGUUCAAGGACUUUCCAAACCAUUGGAGAGCAAUGUUGAAAGAAAGACUGAUGGAAAAGAUAAGACGAAAGAGAAGGAAGGUGAUGAUAAACGAGGGGAAAAGCGUAAGGAUAAAGAUAGAGAGAAGAAAACCCAGGGGAAAGAUAAGGAUAGAGAUAAAGAGAAGAAGAAGGAGGAGAAAGCAAAGAAGAAAAAUGCGUCGAGGACUGCAGAGCCAGAUAAAGAGAAGAAAAAGGAAGACAAAGCAAACGGUUCUAAGCAUGCAGAACCAGACAAAUCUAGAGAAACCAAUAAAGAGAUUCCAAUCGAUUCCCAGUACAGCGAACCCUCCCAACCUCCGAAGGACAGCAACAAAACUGCCGAUGCUGAGGGAAACCUGAAGAAACGAAAGGACUUAAAGACAAAUGGAGUUUUGCAUGCCAAUGAAAUUAGGCCCAAUAAAUUGCUGCGACCCUCUUCUUCCUCUCAUCCAUUGACACAAAAUGGAAGGACAUUGGAGCCUUGUCAAACGUCCAUCCCAUAUGUUUCAGAUAAGCAGGGAGGAGCCAACAGUGUUAAAAUAGACAGUAAGGAACGUAAGAAGAAUGGCUUUACUGAAGCUAGACCGUCAUCUGCUUCCCCUGCAAAGCCGCCUUCUACAGCUGCACAAGCUGAUCCAAUUGCUGAAGCAUCAAUGAGACCGCCCCAUCCAGAUUCCAGAUUUUUAAGUGAGGUUUAUACGGUUCCAAAAAUGAAUGAAUUGUCUGAUGACGAUCAAGACUGGUUAUUUGGUUGCAGUGAUACCAAAUCAAAGAAGCCCAAGGUGGAAUCUUCACCGGAUGAGGAGACCGCACAAGUUUGGUCAGAAGCUCUGCGGAUAGAGUCAGCUGAUGUUUGUGCUUUGCCGUAUGUGAUUCCAUAUUAAUCGGUUUCAAAUGGGCAUGCUUCACCUCCCAACUCCGUUGUCAGUAAUUUGUUGGAAAGGCAUCCGAUGCUUGGUAAUGGAUGUUUUUAUCUGUCCUACCCGCAUUCGCCUUUGAUUGGCUGUUGCAGGGAGUAUGACCGAUGGCCUUGUUCCCAAACUGUCUUAACUAGCUAAGGUAUCUGUCACAACUCAGGCAAAUGCUCCGGGACCAGGAGAGGGCUGUUUGGAAUUGAAGAAAGGUCUUCCCCCACAGCAGGUCACCACCAAUUCAUCAAAACGGAAAGUUUUCAUAAGCGCGACAAGUGAAGGUUGCGUAGAAAGGGAGAUAUAUAGGUUGUGCGAUUUUUGUUUUUGAUUCACUUAGGAGCUGCGAAGCUCUUUCUAAUUGAGAAUUUAAGGGAAACUAGAUGUGGUCUUUGCAACUCCACCACAAUUUUGAUUUGUAACAUAGAACUCUUAUUUACAAGAAAUGUAAGAUAGAGGAAAAGUAUAGUAGUUGCAUUCUCCCAUUGGCCUCAGGAUUAUCGUUCAUACCCGGAUAUACAUAUCAGCUUUGCUUCCUGCAAGUAUGACUACAACAUUUAGGAACUGAGAAAAGGGAUGAGAAUUUGCACACCUUCUGUAGAUGGGAUCCUAAUUUGGAUGCAAAUAAGGUAGUUGAUUACACUUCUCUAAGGGUGACUAUAACUUAAAUUUCUUAAGUUUUAACUUUUCUUAAGUUAUAGGGUAAUGUUGGUUGGAACUCUUCUUUUGAAUAUAGUACAGAUAAUAGUGAAAACACACAGGAGGUCUCUGGACCAAACUGGUCCAAUUCAAGAGCUGGAAGGGAAAGCUGGUUGGACCAAAUAUGGUGUUCUAUUGAACGGGUGGCAUCAGCCACGAAAUUUGCUUUAUGUUGUGCAGAGGAUAAUUAUUCUUCAUAAAUUUUUCGGCAGGCCUCUGUAUGCACGCAU